UUCGUCUCUUAGCCGCUGAUCAUGGCGGAGCUACAGUUCCAGGCUGAAGUGGAGCCUCAACUUCUCAAUGGGGAUGACUUGAACGAGGAAAGAGAAGAAGCGGACGCCUCAGAAUCGGUAAAGAAGAAAAGAAGAAAGAAGAAGAGGAGCAGGAUCACAGCGCCAGCAGGGACAAACGAGGCUGAGGGGGAUGGAGAAGCCGGAGGUGUUGGUGAUGUGACAAAACAGUUGGAACAGCAAACGCUGGAGGACAAAGAAAGGGCCGAGGAUGGAGAAGAAGAUGGGGACGAGGGAGAGAACUCAGCUGGAAAAAAGAAGAGGAAGAAGAAGAAGAAGAAAGGAUUGAAGGGACAGACUGACCCUCCCUCAGUCCCUAUUUGUGAGCUGUAUCCCAACGGAGACUUUCCAAAGGGAGAGGAGUGUGAAUAUCCCCCAUCAAAAGACGGGCGCAGCGCAGCGUGGCGGACCACCAGCGAGGAGAAGCGGGCCCUGGACAGGGCUAACGAGGAAAUGUGGAAUGAUUUCAGGCAGGCGGCCGAGGCACACCGGCAGGUCCGUGCGUAUGUCAUGAGCUGGAUCAAACCAGGGAUGACCAUGAUAGAGAUCUGUGAGAAGCUGGAAGACUGCUCCAGGCGGCUCAUCAAAGAAGAUGGGCUAAAGGCGGGCCUGGCUUUCCCCACAGGCUGCUCCAUCAACCACUGCGCAGCCCACUACACCCCAAACGCCGGAGACCCGACUGUGCUGCGCUACGACGACGUCUGCAAAAUUGACUUUGGAACGCACAUCAACGGUCGAAUAAUAGACUGUGCCUUCACCGUCACUUUCAAUCCAAAGUAUGACCGACUGCUGGAGGCUGUGAGAGACGCAACCAACACUGGCAUCAGGUUCGCCGGAAUUGAUGUGCGCCUGUGCGAUGUUGGCGAGACCAUUCAGGAGGUGAUGGAGUCUUAUGAAGUGGAGAUAGAUGGGAAAACAUAUCAAGUGAAGCCGGUAAGGAAUCUCAACGGCCACUCUAUUGGACAGUACAGGAUACACUCAGGGAAGACGGUCCCUAUCGUAAAAGGUGGAGAAGCCACAAGGAUGGAGGAAGGUGAAGCUUAUGCCAUUGAGACAUUUGGCAGCACUGGAAGAGGCGCGGUCCACGAUGACAUGGAGUGCUCGCAUUACAUGAAAAACUUCAACGUGGGACACGUGCCAAUAAGACUUCCGAGGGCUAAACAUCUGCUGAACGUGAUCAACGAGAAUUUUGGCACUCUGGCAUUCUGCCGCCGCUGGCUGGACCGCCUGGGCGAGAGCAAGUACCUCAUGGCAUUGAAGAAUCUGUGCGACCUUGGCAUCAUAGACCCGUACCCACCUCUCUGCGACAUCAAGGGCAGCUACACCGCCCAGUAUGAGCACACCAUCCUACUCAGGCCCACAUACAAAGAGGUGGUGAGCCGGGGCGACGACUACUAAGCAUGCGCCAAAAUCCACAAUGAACCAGGAGACGACAGACCUCUCAAGACUGACAGCAAAUAUGCAAUAUUUCUCUGACCUAAAUUUCCAGUGCUUGAAUAUCUUUAGAUAAUUGUUUUAGCAAAAAAAAAAGACUCAUGAAGUUAGCUUAGAUAGUUUUGUUUCAUUUUUUUCUCUCUCUCCAAAGGAUCAAGCCAAUAGUAAAAAAGGGCAUAUCUUUAACUGAUUCAGCGUUGUCAUUUUAGCUUUUCUUUGAUGUGCUGCUUUUAGGUAAUAUGCAAAAGAGAUUUAUGCAAAAGAAUCAUGCAAAAAAAGGAGGUUUAGGUGCUCGCACCUUGCCUGAACAUGCUAUGCUUUAUUGCCUUGUUAAGCUCAUGUGAGGAAAACAGAACUGCUAUCAAAUAUUUAUACUUCUACAUUUCUUUGCUUGAUUUUAAUUUGAGGCAGUUUUAUAAGAAAUAAAUUGUUAUAAAUCUUG